UGAACUGCAAACAUUUCACCUUCACAGCGACCUUUUUCAUUUCAAGUUUGAUUUCAUUUGACCUCAUGCUGAGAGUAAUGUAUUUAAAGCAGAACGGCUGUUCAAGUAUAUUGAAUCUUCAUCUGAGUUCAGAGUUGUGGCCUGUUGGAAAAGAUCAAAUCAUACCAACAUGCAUCCUGUGCUUGCAUUGCUGACAUUCGGGCUGCUGUCCGCUACAAACAUAUUAUUCCAAGGGCCUGUCCCGAAAACCACUGAUACUCACUGUGAAACAAUUUGCACAGACAGUGAGACAGAACCUGUCUGCGGCAAUGAUUGGAAGACAUACGAGAGUGAGUGCGAGCUGAGGAAGGAGGCCUGCCGUACAAGCACACCGUUGAUUUCUGUAUACAAAGGCCGAUGCAGGUCCACGCUUAGAGGCACAAUACGAGAGGACGGUACUGGAGACAGAUUUGGGUGCAUCAGAAUCAAAUGCAACUACCGGCAUGAGCCUGUUUGCGGUAGCGACCUCCAGAGGUACAGCAACCCAUGCAAUCUCAACAAACGAGCAUGCUUUUCAAGAACACCCAUCGUCAAAGUCAUGGAUGUUCCAAGGACACAUUUCGGAGAAUGCUCUGACCUUAGGUGUCCAGUUUGUGAAGAUCCGUUGCCACUGGAACUGUCUUGGUGUGGCAAUGACAGAGUGACAUACCCAACAGCUUGUCACAUGAUGGCAGCAGCCUGUAACAAGAGAACUGCCAUCGUUCCUCUGUAUGCGGGCAGAUGCAUAGAAACAGAAGAAUAAUACCGGAACACAAUGAACUGUGACAAUUAUAUUAGAAACUGUUAUUUUAAGCGUUAUAACAGCAUUUAGAAAGAUUAGAAAACAAAGUCUUCUCUUUCAAAAGAAACACUGCUCAUUUGCGUUCCCUAUUAUAAACUGGUCAUUU